UCACCGUGCGCCUUGUCAUUCAUCGCAUGGUGCGCUCAGGAUGGCUGCACUGUCUGGGGCGCUGCGGGCCAAGCUCCUCUUAUGGCAGCAGGCUGGACUCUUUCAUUCGGGUGUCCGAUUGUUGGCAGCAAAUAAGGACCUUCUAGUAAAACUCCGGAAGAAAACAGGUUAUUCGUUUAUGAACUGCAAAAAGGCAUUGGAGAAGUUCAGCAAUGAUCUAAAACAAGCAGAAACAUGGCUGCAUCAGCAGGCUCAGAAAGAAGGAUGGAACAAGGCAUCCAAACUGCAAGGAAGAAAGACUGCAGAGGGACUUGUGGGACUGCUGCAAGAAGGAAACACAGCAGUGAUGGUUGAAGUUAAUUGUGAAACCGAUUUUGUUGCCAGAAAUGUGAAAUUUCAGCAGUUAGUUCAACAAGUGGCAUUGGGGGCGCUGGGACAAUGCCAAAGAGAUGAUCAGAGCUUGUCCUCAUUCAUGAAGGGUUUUAUGGGCAGUGAAGAACUUUUACAGAUGAAAACAGAAGAGUCUUUACUGAAGGACCAGGUAGCUGUGGCAAUAGGAAAGCUUGGUGAAAAUAUGGCAUUGAAGAGAGCUACCUGGGUGAUGGCUCCAUCAGACCUUUUCAUUGGUUCCUAUGUGCAUGGUGCUCUUCCUGUUGCUCUACCUUCCUUGGCCAACAUGUCCUUUGGCAAGUAUGGGGCGCUAGUAAUAUGUCAAGCCGAUCGCAACUUUAAAGGCAAUCUCUCUGAACUUGGUCGCAGGAUGGGCCAGCACGUAGUUGGCAUGAGUCCUCUGUCAUUGGGAUCCCUAGAAGAUGAGUCAAGUGGUGAUACGGAGACCAGAAUGUUGUCCCAGCCCUAUCUCUUGGAGCCCAGCGUAACAGUGGGGCAGUAUAUACAGCCACGAGGUGUACAUGUGCUGGACUUUGUACGAUUUGAAUGUGGAGAAGAAACAGAAGCUGCUGAAGCAAGCUAGUUAUAACUAAUGUAUCUACAUAGAUCUACAUAGUUGUUGAAUUAACAGAUUUACUUUUUUACUCUGCAUUGCAAAAUAAAUCAAAACUGAAAUAUAA